AUGCUCACGCGGAGACGAGACCCGCAUGACCCACAUGACACGUAUGCAAAGUCUCUCAGCCUGCUUCAGCUGCUCGUCAGGCAAGCUCCAAACCUACGACAUGGAUACCGUGCUCAUAUCAAGGCGUUCUUCGUGGAGCAUGGAAGCAAGGAGCUUGGCUCUGGUCUUAUCGCAAGAAGAGGCUUCUUCCAGAGCAUACGUCCAACACCAGGUAGACUCAUGGUCAACGUUGACACCGUGUGUGGAUUAGUAUACGAACACAGAGGGAGACUCAUCGACGUUAUGGCUGCUUGGCUGAGACUGAAGGAUCCUCGUGAUCUUAACAAGCUGCAGCGGCAUGAGUAUGCUGAUCUUCGCUCGUUUCUGAAAGGAGUACGCGUCACGGUCACCGUUUCUCCCGAGAUGAAGCCGAAGCCCAUUGCGGACUUGGUGGAAAGAGCUGCUCUACAGGAGUUCGAUACGGAAACAGAGCGGUUGAAUGUCAAAACACACUUCGAGAGGAAGUACAACGUCAAAGUGGUGCACGAGCAUGCUGUCGGUGUGCGUCUCGGAAGAUCUGCCAUCAUACCUGCAGAGCUGUGCAAGAUCGUACCCGGGCAGCUGUUCAAAAGGAAGGUCCCGGCCCACCUGCAACCUGACUUCCUCAAGUUCGCGACGCAGAGACCCGACCAACGUCUGCGUGCCAUACGGGCAGCAGUCGGUGGUAAUCCCUCCGAGCAGCAGUUCGACUAUGCGAACUCCGACUUCUUGCGAGAGGCCGGGAUGACCGUUGAUGUCGAGCCUAUCUCUCUCCCCAGUCAGAUCAUCGGUCCUCCCCCCAUUCAAUUCGGCAGCCGUCAAUUCAACGGAGCGCUUGACAGCCUGGUUCCUACAGGCGGCUCGUGGAACUUGCGCGACAAGCGUUUUUGGCGCCCUGGGAGCAACUUGAAGAUUUGGGCGGUCAUUAACUUUGACAGGGUUGAAGAACGUCAGAUGCACGAGUUCUUGAGGACUCUCGUUGCAAAUCUGCGGAAGCUUGCUCAAUGGGUCCUGCAGGACCUCAACAACGCUUAUGGUGUCAUGAAAGCACAGUGUGCACCUGGUGAAGAGCCUCAACUUGUGCUCGUCUUCUUACCCAACAGCGCUACUGAGUGUCGUCGGGACGUGAAGCAUUGGGGAGACAUCAGUACAGGCGUGUCAACUCAGUGUGUGCGGGGUGGAAAGUGGAAUGGUCCUCGGAUGACUCCUAACCAACUGGACCAGUACUGCAACAACCUCGCUCUGAAGAUCAAUGUCCGUCUAAUGGGGGUCAACUCCAUGAUCGACUCACCGCUCACCAAGGACAUACUCCAUGAUUCCAUGGUCAUCGGUGCCGAUGUUGGCCAUCCGGGUCCGGGAGUGGCAACACGGCCUUCGAUGACUGGCUUGGUGGCCACUGUCAGUCCUGGAGCAGCUUUUGCUGCCUCGUAUGCGAGCGUUCAACACCCACGCCUGGAGAUGAUACAGGACCUGGCGCACAUGAUCGAGGCCUACAGAGAAAAGGAGAUGCAUAUGAAGAAGUCGCCUCCACCGAAGAACAUCUUUUUCUACCGAGACGGUGUGAGCGAGGGCGAGUUCGAACAGGUCGCUCAGUACGAGAUACCCCUCAUCAAAGGCGAGCUCGAAUACACUCCUCACCCCCACUCAGAGGCAUUCAGGAAAAGCAAGAUUCCCGAACAGCAUCAUCCCAGGCUGCUCUUUGUGAUCGUGGGCAAGAGACACCACGUCCGAUUCUUCCCAAAGAGCCCACAAGAUGCCGACAAGUCCGGGAACUGUCCCUCGGGCCUGCUGGUCGAUGAUCACAUCACGAAUCCGAACUAUGAGGACUUCUAUCUACAAUCUCACAGCGGACUGCUGGGGACAAGCCGGCCUACCCAUUACGUUGUCCUCGCUAACGAAACUGGUCUUGACAGCAAGACCAUCCAACUCUUAACGUAUCAUCUCUGCCACAUGUAUGCUAGUGCUACACGAGCCGUGUCUAUACCCGCACCGGUGUACUGUGAGCAACCUUUCUUGUGGUGA